AUGCCACCGGAAGAUAAUCUUCGAGAUCAAGAAGAUGUUGAUAGGACUGAGAAUUCCGAAACCAAACCAACAACCGCCGAGAUAGCUGCUGAUGCUUCAAAUGAUUCAAAGCUAACAAAUGGUUCUGAUGAUAGAGAAGAUAAUGAUACUCCAGAUACAACUGAAUCAAUUGAAAAUCAACCACCAAAAGAAAAUGGUGAAGUUGUGAAAAAUGAAACCCCAGAGACCAAUGGAAGUAAUGAGAUUGAAACCCCAAAAAUUUCAGAACAAGAUAAAGAAAACCUCAAAGAUGAUAGCAAAGCUAGACAUUCAAGAGCUGUCUCGGUUAUUUCAAAUGCAUCUGUUGCUUCUAAAAACUCAACACAUAUUUCAUUUGUUAAAAGUGCAAUUACUUUAAUCUCAGAACAUAAAGAUAUCAAGAAAAACACAUCUUUGAUAAAUCUUUGUAAAAAAACAUUGGAUAAGUUGAAUAAUGGGUUUGAUUCUGCUUUAGUCUUUGAAAAUUUAAGAGUUGCAAUUGAAACUAAAAGUGUGGAGAUUGUCGUUAUUGCAUUGGAUUGUAUUUCAAAAAUUUUCACAUUUCAAUUAUUUGAACCAAUUCAAGUUUCACCUCCAAAAACAAUCACCGCAACUACAACAGAUACUGAUCUACCAGCUGGUACUGGUGAAACUAUGAUCACACCUCCUCCAAAAGUCAAUUUGAUUGAUGCUGCUAUUGAAACAAUUGCUAGCACUUUUGAUGGAGAAGGUACUGAUGAGAGAGUUGAAAUUCAAGUCACAAGAGCAUUAAUGGCAGGUGUACUUAAUGAACAAUUACCAGCUCAUGGUUCAACUCUAUUGAGAGCUAUUAGGCAAAUUUAUAACAUUUUCAUCUUGUCGCUAUCACCAGUUAAUCAAGGUAUUGCUCAAGCAAGUUUGACACAAAUUGUUAAUGUCGUGUUUGAUAAAGUGGAAAAGAUACCGCAUUCAAAACCGCUUGCUUAUAAAAGCUCAUCAUCUGUUAAUAUCAACGAUAAUGACUCUCAGAACCAAUCACCAGGUCCAGGAACACCUACUCGUCAAGACUCGACACAAGAACCUUUGACUUUAAAAAAUUUGAGAGAUUUGAAUGAUGAAGAAGAACGCAUAGUGGAUCAAGAAAAUUAUUCCGGUGAUGAACAUGAUUUGAUUAUUAAAGACGCAUUCCUAUUGUUCAGAGCUAUGUGUAAACUUUCAAUUAAAUCACUUGAGAAUGAAUCAUUAGAUAUGAGGUCACAUGCUGUUCGUUCAAAAUUAAUUUCAUUACACAUUAUUCAUUCAAUAAUCAAAGAACAUAUUGAUGUGUUUUUAUCCAAUGACAUUUUGAUCUCAUCUCCUGCAACAAAAGAGAAAACAAGAUUAGUUGAUGCUGUUAGACAAUAUCUAUGUUUGACUAUUUCAAGAAAUGCAGCUUCUGCUAUCCCUCCAGUUUUUGAAACUACAGUGGAAAUAUUUUGGCUGAUUGUUUCUAAUUUGAGAUCUGAAUUCAAGAGAGAAAUCCCAGUGUUCCUUAAUGAAAUUUAUUUCCCAGUUGCAGAAAUGAAAACUUCAACUUCUCAUCAAAAAAGAUAUUUCUUAAUUAUUGUUCAAAGGCUAUGUAAUGAUCCAAGAGCUAUCAUUGAAUUUUAUUUGAAUUAUGAUUGUGAUACCACUUUACCAAAUAUUUGUGAAAAAUUGACAGAUUAUUUGACAAAACUUGCUUUAACAAAUGUUGAGGUUACUGCUAACCAAAAAGCUCAAUAUAAAGAACAUUCAUUAAAACCAAUUGCUACUUAUAAUUUAUCACAAUUACCUUUGUUAUCAAUUUCCAAACUUUCUUCUCAGUCUGCAAUGCCUGAUACAUCUUUACCAUACCCUGUUGAUUAUGCAUUGAAACUUACUUCAUUGAAUUGUGUUGUUGGGUUUCUAAGAUCAUUAAACUCUUGGGCUCAGAAGGCAAUGACACCAGAAACUCGCUCAUCAUCAGUUGUUUUGAACAGAAAAAGAUCAAGUACAAGCGGUUCUGUUGUGCCAUUAUCACCAUCUUUUUCAAUGGAUGAAGUUGAUGACCCACAAGAAUUUGAGAAUUUGAAACAGCGUAAAACAGCCUUACAAGAUGGUAUAAGACAAUUCAAUUUCAAGCCUAAAAGAGGUAUCGAAUUUUUAGUUAGACAAGGUUUCAUCAAAGACAAAGAACCUUUGACCAUUGCCAAGUUUUUACUUGAACAACAUGGAUUGGACAAGGCAGUUAUUGGUGAAUAUCUAGGUGAAGGGGAUGAAGAAAAUAUUGCCAUUAUGCAUGCUUUUGUUGAUGAAAUGGAAUUUUCAAAUACUUCAUUUGUUGAUGCUAUGAGAACAUUUUUACAAGCUUUUAGAUUACCUGGUGAAGCUCAAAAAAUUGAUAGAUUUAUGUUGAAAUUUGCUGAAAGAUAUGUUGAUGGUAAUCCAAAUAUUUUCGCUAAUGCUGAUACUGCUUAUAUUUUGGCAUAUUCUGUUGUUUUGUUAAAUACUGAUCAACAUUCAACCAAAGUUAAAAAUAGAAUGACCACUGAAGAAUUUAUCAAGAAUAAUCGUGGUAUUGAUGAUGGUAAAAGUUUACCAGAUGAUUUUUUGAUUAACAUUUAUAAUGAGAUUGCUAAAAAUGAAAUCAAAUUACAUUCGGAACAACAAGCUGCUCUAUUAGCUGGUGACUUGUUACCUACACAACCUCAAUCAUUCACUCUUUUUGGUAAUAGAGAUGUUAAUAGAGAAGCUUAUAUUCAAGCAUCAAAGGAGAUCUCCAAUAAGACUGAAAAAUUAUUCAAGAACUUGGGUAAGACUAAAGGUGAUAAGAAAAAUGUCUUCUAUUCUGCUUCUCAUGUUGAACAUGUUAGAUCUAUCUUCGAUACAUUAUGGAUGUCAUUUUUAGCUGCACUUACAGCUCCUUUCAAAGAUAUCGAUGAUGAUGAAACCACCAAGACUUGUUUGGAAGGUCUGAAAUUAUCUAUCAAUAUUGCUGCUUCAUUUGGAUUAGACUAUGCUAGAACAUCAUUCAUUGGUGCAUUGAUACAAUUUGCAAAUUUAUCAAACUUGAAAGAGAUUAAAGAUAAGAAUGUCGAUGCUAUUGUUUUGUUGUUGAAAAUUGCUGAAACUAAUGGUAACAAUUUGAAGAAUUCAUGGAGAGAUAUUUUAACCACUAUUUCUCAAGUUGAAAGAUUACAACUUAUUUCAAAAGGUAUUGAAGCUGAUUUACUACCAGAUGUUACAAAUGCUAGAGUUCAUAGAACAUCGUUAGACAGUACUAGAACUACAAACUCUAGCAAUUUUUUCUUUGGCUUAGGAAGAAAGGCAACACCAGCCGAACAAGCACAAACAAAUCAUCAAAAUCAACAUUUGGACCCUGCCAUUGCACAGCGUUUAGUUUCUACUGAUAUUGUCGUUGUUAUGGAUAAAGUCUAUACACAAAGUGCUCAAUUGAAUGGUAGUGCAAUCAUUGAUUUUAUUAGAGCAUUGACAGAAGUUGCUUAUGAGGAAAUUGAAUCUUCAUUAGAUAGUCAUACUCCAAGAACGUUCUCAUUGCAAAAAGUUAUUGAUGUUUGUUACUACAAUAUGGGUCGUAUCAGAUUAGAAUGGUCCCCUAUUUGGGCUGUCAUGGGUGAAUGUUUCAACAAGAUUGGUACUAAACAUAACUUAUCAGUUGUUUUUUUUGCAUUAGAUUCUUUGCGUCAACUUGCUAUGAGAUUUAUGGAUAUUGAAGAACUUUCAGGGUUCAAGUUCCAAGAAGACUUCUUGAAACCAUUUGAUUACAUUUUAAGAAAUGCCAGAGAUGUCCAAGUUAGUGAAAUGUGUUUGAAUUGUCUAAAUAAUUUGAUUGCAUUGAAAGGUGAUAAGAUUAAGUCAGGUUGGAAAACAAUUUUUUCUGCAUUGAACUAUACAGCUGGUGAUAUAAAUGAAUCAAUUGUUUCUAAAACAUACGAGUUAGUUAAUUUCAUUUACAAAGAUCACUUUGAUUCAAUUUUUGCUCAGGACGAUUCAUUUUCUGCAUUGGUCUCCACUUUAAGAGAAUUAGCUAAAAACACAAAAUUCCAAAGAAUCAGUUUACAUGCCUUACAAAACAUUAAAAGUAUUGUUAUUAAAGUGGCUGAUGUUACAUUGGAUACUGAAAGUGCAUUUGUCAAAUCACGUAAAGAUGUUUUCAAAGAAUUAUGGUACCCAGCUCUAUUCAGUUUCAAUGAUGUUAUAAUGACAGGUGAUGAUCUAGAAGUUAGAUCCAAGGCAUUAAAUUUGAUGUUUGAUAUUUUAGUUCAGUAUGGUAAUAGAUUUGAUGCUCAAUUUUGGGAUCAAAUUUGUGUUAGUUUAUUGUUCCCAAUUUUUGGUGUUUUGAGUAAACAUUGGGAGAUCAAUCAAUUCAAUAGUCAUGAUGAUUUAUCAGUUUGGUUAUCAACCACUUUAAUUCAAGCUUUAAGAAAUAUGAUUGCCUUGUUUACCCAUUAUUUUGAUGCCUUAAGCAGAAUGUUGGAUGGAUAUUUAGGUCUACUCAUCUCAUGUAUUUGUCAAGAGAAUGAUACAAUUGCCAGAAUAGGUAGAUCAUGUUUCCAACAAUUAAUUACUCAAAACAUGGAGAAAUUCACACAAGAACAUUGGGAUAAAGUUACAGAAUCUUUUGAAAAAUUAUUUGAGUUAACUACAGCUGUUGAAUUAUUUGAAGCUGAUCCAUUGAAAGAAGAAAAUAACAUUCCUGUUUCACAAUCAACUCAAGAAUUGAAUGAAGAAAAUGGUGUUGAUUUCAGUGCAAAUGGUGAUAGCAAUAACGUUCAAAAGGGUAUUUCAAGAACUAAAAGUGCAGAAGACAUAAGAAGAAAGAACAAGUCAAAGAAUGCUAUUGUUGUUAAAUGUAUUUUGCAAUUAUUGAUGAUUGAAACUCUAAGUGAAUUGUUUGAUGAUGAGAAAUUUUACACUUUAAUCCCAUAUGAAUCUUUAGUUAAGGUUUCAGGUUUGUUGGAGAAAUCAUUCAGAUUUGCUAGAACUUUUAAUGAUGAUUACAAUCUAAGAGUUAGAUUAUGGAACUCAGGUGUGAUUGAUAAAUUGCCAAACCUAUUGAAACAAGAGUCAUCAUCAUCAGCUGUUUUUAUCAGUGUUACAUUUAAAUUAUACAAUGAUACCCAGAAGAUAACACCAAAGCAAAAAGAUGCAAUUAGUGCAAGUUUGAUACCAAUGUGCGUUUCAAUUGUUGAGAGAUAUGUUUCAUUGGAUGACAGUACACAGCAAAGAAACAUCUCCACAUGGAGACCUGUUGUUGUUGAGAUUUUACAGGGCUAUUGCGAGUUGGAAGAGAAGGAUUUCAACAAGCACUGUCCCCAUGUUUAUGAUUUAGUCUUGAAUAUCUUGGAUAAGAGUGUGCCAACAGACCUUCGCUCUGCAAUCAAGGCAUUCUUUUCCAGAGUUGGAGACGUGUAUAUCAAUGAUGAAAAACCACAGGAGAGUGAUUAA